GGUCAUAGACCAGGCCCACCAAAACGGAAAGAACACCUCGAGAAGAAAGAGGGUAAAAGAUGGAGGUGUCCGCCGACGCGGCGGCGGCGGCGGCGGCGCGGACGCUGCGGUGGGCCGGCCGUGCGGGGCACCUGCGCGGCGUCCCGCGCGCCGCGGUGAUCGGCGCCGUUGGCACCAUCGCCAAGGCGUACGUGUCGCUGCUCAACACGACCACCGUGCACAACGCCGACGCCCUCCACCGCCUCGUCUCCUCGCGGCCCCCCGGCACGCCGCUCCUCACCGUCAGCAACCAUAUGUCCACGAUAGAUGACCCGUUUAUGUGGGGAUUCAAAGGUUUCCCUAUUACAGAUUCAAAGCUUGCAAGAUGGGUGCUGACAGCAGAGGACAUCUGCUUCAGGAAUGUAUUCAUGUCUUACAUGUUUCGACUUGGGAAAUGUGUGCCGAUCACUAGAGGGGCUGGAAUUUAUCAAGACCAUAUGAAUGAGGCCCUUGAAGUGCUUAGCACUGGGAGCUGGUUGCAUUCAUUCCCUGAAGGAAAAGUAGCCCAAGAUCACCAACCAAUCAGACGGUUGAAAUGGGGAACUGCCAGUCUUAUUGUCCGAGCACCUGUAACUCCAAUAGUUUUACCUAUUGUUCACACUGGUUUUGAAAAGGUCAUGCCAGAGAAAUCAUUUUUUGGACGCCGUCCACCAUUGCCUCUCUGCGGCAAGGAUAUACAGAUUAUCGUGGGAGAACCAGUAGAUUUUGAUCUGGCAGGCUUAAAGCAGGUGGCAGCAAUGAUACCCCAAGACACAUCCUUUGAAAGAAAGGGCUGGCCAACCAUCACGCCGGAGGGGCUAGACGAGGCAGCGCAGAGAUGGCUUUACCAGAAGAUGUCGGAUAAGAUCCAGUCCGCGAUGGAGAGCUUGAGGAAGACGCUUCUGAACUCGAAGCAGCAUUGACAUUGAUUCUCUUUGUUCGUUCUUCUACCAUGGUGCAACGAUGCACUGUCUUUUUUCUCCAAUACCUUGUUGAAUUGGUUAGGCUGUAGUAGCUUUGUUAGCUAGUUUCAGAUGAUGGGAUCACGAUACGGUGAUUGGGAGGAUACAGGAAUCGGGAGGGAUAGAGUAUGGACAUUGCACCUGCCACAGAGGGGGGGGGGGGGGGGGGGGGGGGGGGGGGGGGCAGAAUUAGAGUUCAGAGUGUCAGAUUUGGAGUUUUUCUUUUUUUGCAAUAACAAGAGUAUUCAGGGCUGUUGCCUAAUUGCAUGGCUGUUUGGAUCGGAUUGCCAUUUUGUUAAGCCAAGGAACUGCCCGUAGAGGUUUUUCACCA